GGUGCAUAGAUGCUAAAUGCCGCUUCUCCUAUGAAGGUAGGUUUAGGUUAAUACUGAUCCACCAGCAUAUCCUUACAUACGUUAAAUGAUUCUAUGUUUAGAGCAAUGUAGUUAAAUGGAUCACUUCCUUGUAAUGAUUUAGCGAACUGUUUGUCACAACAGCACAAGUGUCAUGCCUUUGAUUUUUUCCUCUGCUAUUUCCAGUCCGCCUCUGAAUCUUUGCCCGUCAUCCCUGUCUCUAGUCCCCCGCUGCAGGACUCGGAGACGCUGACGCCUUGUCAUCGACCAAUCACGUGCCGUGUUUCCAGUGCGCUGAAAACACUCUCCAAUAAUAAGAAGCGCGCGGGGCGGGAUGUGGCGGACCCCUCACACCUCCACACUCAGAAAUCUGUGGCGUCGCAGAUCCUCUGUGAAUCAGACUGGAGCCUGGACCGGUGACGCAACGCAGGACAGGUACACGGACACGAGCAGGCCGGGAGGCUGCUCGCAGUGGAUACAGGGAUAACUACGGGAAUGGACGUGUAGGAGCGACGGACAUUAGAGCCUCUCCUCCCCGCUCCCUGACAGCUCUACCGCAAGUCGCGAACAUGUCGACGGUGGAAGCAGGCGGUCAGCGCGAAGAAGGGGAGUACGGAAGAGCUGCCAAGCGGCUGAAAAUGGAGGAGCCGCCGCUGGAGGAGAAGGAGGACAGAGCGGAGGAUGAGCUGGAGGAGGGGGAGGACUCGGACAGCGGGUCGCUGCCCGGUAACGGGGAGGCAGAAACGGACAGUCGGGCCCGAUGGAGCGGCAGGCAGUUCGGUUCAGGACGAAAGGAUAAUGGUGAAGACUCCCAUCUCAUCUCUCCUAGUCCGGUGGUUCAUGUCCGGGGUCUCUGUGAGGCCGUGGUGGAAGCAGACCUAAUCGACGCCCUGAAGAAAUUCGGACCAAUAUGCUAUGUGAUGAUGAUGCCCUUCAAGCGUCAGGCCUUGGUGGAGUUCUCUGCAGUGGAGAGUGCUGAUCGCUGUGUGUCGUGUGGAGCCAAGGAGCCGGUGUACAUCGCAGGACAACAGGCUUACUUUAACUACUCCACAUCGAAGAGAAUCACCAGACCAACAAACGCUGACAACCCAAACAGCGGCAACAAGGUUCUGCUGCUGUCCAUCCAGAACCCUCUCUACCCCAUCACUACGGAUGUUCUCUACACUGUGUGUAACCCCAUAGGCAGCGUGCUGAGGAUUGUCAUCUUUAAGAGAAAUGGAAUCCAGGCCAUGGUGGAGUUUGAGUCAGUUCAGUGUGCCCAGAAGGCCAAAGCAGCACUAAAUGGAGCUGACAUUUAUGCUGGCUGCUGUACACUCAAGAUUGAAUAUGCAAGGCCAACACGUCUGAAUGUAAUAAAGAAUGAUAAUGAGAGCUGGGACUACACCAAACCAUACUUGGUCAGACGAGAACGUGGGAAAGGGAGGCAAAAGCAGGCUAUUUUAGGAGAACACCCAUCAUCUUAUGCUGACAAUGGUUAUGGCCUGGCCUGCCCCCUGCUGCCUCUGACAAGCAAUAGCAGGUACAAGCUCAGCUCAGUGGAUGUCCCAGACAUGGUUUCCUACCCGCUGCCCCAGUCUUCCCCGUCCUACUCUGGCCACGCCCCCAGCUCCGUAGCCAUGGUGAGCGGCCUCCAUCCAUCCAAGAUGAACUGCACCCGCAUCUUCAACCUCUUCUGUCUUUAUGGUAACAUAGAGAAGGUGAAGUUUAUGAAGAGCGUUCCAGGUACAGCGCUGGUGGAGAUGGGAGAUGAGUAUGCAGUGGACCGAGCCAUCACACACCUCAACAGUAUCAAGCUGUUUGGAAAAAGACUCAAUGUCUGUGUCUCUAAGCAACACGCAGUGAUUCCCAGCCAGGUGUUUGAGUUAGAGGAUGGUAGCAGCAGCUACAAGGACUUCGCCAUGACCAGGAAUAACCGCUUCAGCAGCGCCGGACAAGCCUCCAAGAACAUCAUCCAGCCUCCGUCUGCUGUGCUACACUAUUACAACGUUCCUCCCUGUAUAUCCCAGGACCAGCUGCUCAAGCUGUGUAGGGAGCACGACGUGCCUGGCUUCAUCAAAUUCAAGAUGUUUGACGCCAAGCCCUCAUCUAAGACCAUCUCUGGGUUGCUGGAGUUUGACAGUAAGACGGAGGCUGUGGAGGCUCUUACUGUGCUCAAUCACUACCAGAUUAGGAUACCAAAUGGUUCCAACCCAUACACACUGAAACUGUGUUUUUCCACCUCAUCUCAUUUAUAAAGGCUAUCGAGCACAAACAGGGCGUUACCGGCUGCUGAUGUGUGACUGAUAAAAGUAAGACUCAGCAGAACCACGGAGAGCCACACUGCAGGUUAGCUACCUGGAUGAUGGUGAUGGUGAGAUGGUCGGUGAAAGAAAUGGAGAGAGUGAAGGAACAAACUGACCAGAGGGUCUGACCAGCCGGGAACCAAUGAAAACACCUCAGGGUGUGUUUACCACUCUGUCUGGAACAGGAAGGGAAAACCUGACCUGUUGUUGGUCUUCUGUCUUGGAGUCUGGAUUCUUCCUGAACGUGUGGCUGACAUCUCUCACGGUUACUCAUGCACACGCUUUAAGAAUAUUUCCUGUUAAGACACCUUAUAAAUCCAUUGUGCUUUUGAAUAUCACUGUAAGAGUUUAAGUAAGUAGGAACAAAGUUUUAAGUUCUCAUCCAGUGAUUAACGGUGCAUGUUCUGUAUUCCUUUCGUCUUGGUGGCAGCUACAGAUGUUUCCCAGCUGUUUGGUCAGCAUAAGAUGCCUCCACUGCUGAUCAGCUGGAAGAUGUAGGACACUCUGGAUACUUAGAGGCAAACGUUUUAAUAUAUCAAAGUGAUCAUUCUGACACAACGUGUUGCCUUUUUACAGAAUCAUAUGAGAAUUUUAGCCAUAACUAUUUCAUGAGUCCUCAGGUAUUCAUGAGCAGGACUUCUCAUUUCACUCCAUCUGUAGGUGAGAGCAACAGACUGAAGCAGAGCGGCUGCAGUUGGUUACCAUUAAUGUACAGGCUAUUUUAUGAUGGUUGUUUUCUGUGGUAGAUCUGAACACAUCACUGCAUAUGUGGGAAGAUUGCUUUAAAGGGGCAGUAUUAUGUAAAAUUGACUUUUUUUCAACUUUACCUCAUGUUAUAAUGUUAUUCCCUAAUCAAAGCAUAUCUGGAGUUUUGCCUUAAUUCUUUCAUGCAUGUUUGAGAAAUCUUUUAAUUUCCAUGGCAACCACUCUGCUGUGCAAAAUGCCUGGAUGGACCUAGCCCCGCCUUCGUGGCGCAGCUCCUCCCCCCAGUUGCCAAGGGAAACAGAGCAGCCCUCCGACGCAGCUCCUUCAGACGCAGCAACUAGCAAACAACUGGUAGAACUGCACAACGCUUGUAAAAACAUUGUUGAAGUGUUAAUACAGGUGCCUUGUAAUGACCUCCUGUUGGCGGAGUUUCAGAAAGCGCAGGAGUUUCUUAAAGAGACAGAGGGCUGAUUUCAAGGUGUUAAAUUGCAAACUCAGUCAUAUUUGAUACAGCAUUUUUAUAACAAGAAAAGGUAACAUAGUUACUUAGUUGUGCUAUAAAAUGGCACUAUAUGCCUGGAAACCACACAGUGCUGCCCCUUUAAAGACUGAACCCUCAUUUGUUAGUCGCCACGGUUACUGUUCUGCACAUCAGCAACAUGUUUUAACUCCCACGCUGCCUGACAUAAAUAGAACAAUACAGCGCUAUGCCCUCUAAUGGCUCAUAAAAAAAGUUUUGGUUUUUAAUUUUUUUUUUUUAUAUUUCAAAUCUACACCUACUGGAAGGAGUUCUGCACCCAGAGAGAGUGUUGAGAUGAAAUGAAGCUGCAUAUGUUGAAAGGUUGUUGAUUUGGUAUUUAUCACUUGUCAGAUCCAGCUGAUGUUAAACCUGACUUUAAACAUGGUGUAGAAUGACGUGAGGUUAUAAGAAGAUAAUCCAAUACUUUUAUCUGGAUGUGAUGAGAUUCUAAAAUGCUCUGUAUGUUCUAGGGUUGUCACAAAGAUUUUCUUUUCAGUACAGAUACUAAGAAAAAUACUUGACAGCAGCCCUCACACUGUAAAAACACAAAAUCUUAGCAAGUAUUUUUGGUCCAAUUUAUAGUUCAAAUAUCUUGAAAGAAGACAAAACUAAUUUAAAAGUAACUUUUUAGCAAAACAUACAAGCUGGUUUUAAGUUAAUAAUUCUUGAUAGAAAACAGUACCAGUUCCAUAAGUCAUUUCUCCUGCUUUAAGAAUUAUUAACUUAAAACAGUCUUAUGUAUUUUGAGCGAAGUUACUUGUAAGUUAGCCUUGUUUUAAUUCAAAUGAACUUAAAUAUAUGCACUAGAAAUGAGUCAAAUUCUUGAUAAGAUUUAGUUUUUUUGUAUUGCAUUUACAAACAUAUAUCACAUAAAAGUAUCACUUCCCUUUUUGGUGACACUGUAGAUAACAGUAUAAGUGUUGACAUGUUUUAUGGACGUAUAUACCUCUGACUCAGUCAUGUAAUUAAUUUUAUUUUAUUAUAAUUGCUUAUAUUUAUUGUUCUUCCAUUUGCCUGUUGAUUUCAUGUCGAUGCAAAUCAAUGUUUCUACUGAAGGACCAAUAAAGGAUCGUUCUAUAUUAAUAUAAAGUGUUUUGAUACAAACAUGGAUAUGGAGCACGUUAAACAUAUUUACAGUGUAAUGCAGGAUCUGGUCCAUUCAGCAGCAGCUCUGGGCAGUUUCUGUCCAGAUGCUCCACCUCCAUGCCAGUUGAAAGUCAGCCAUCGUUAGCCUUCAUGUAGAUCAAAUGAUUGAUAACGUCAUUUAUUAAAUAUUUCGGGUGUUAACACGUAAAUAGUUAGGUUUUCACUUCAUGAAAAUUCAGUAGAUGUGGCCAACAUUUACUUUAUAUAUAUGUAUAUAUAUAUACAUAUAUAUAAACUAUUUUUAAGGGUAUUUCUGAGCCAGUCCCCAUUUUUUAUUGUUAUUGCAUUGUUAUAUAUUUGUUUUUGUUUCAGUUUUUCUAAUGACUAUAAGUAUAAUAUCCAUAGAUGUGCUUUAAAGAUUUUUAAAUAAUAUAUAAAAACAUUUAACAGAGCAAUCUAACUAUAACUGCGUUAGGGGUUUGGGUGAUGGAACUCUUUGGUAGGGGCUCAGUCAGCUGUUUUCUGUCUCUGUUGGUGCUUUGCUUUGUCACUCAAUCAGUCAAGUUCAUUUGCGUAGCACAUUUCAGCAACAGGGCCGAUUACAAGAAAAAACACAAAAGUACAAAGUUAUAAAAACACCAUAGAGUCAACAAUUGAGAAAACUUGUACCAUUACAUUUUGACAAAUGUCAUCGUUGAAAUCAUCAUUGCACAUCAAACAUGUUGGUCAAUGUUUUAUUUCUUAUGGUUCAAAAACAGCUCUAAAACAGGUGGGUUUUUUAGCCUUGAUUUAAAGCAAUGCAGUGUUUGUGGUGCACAGAAGCCGAAUGCUUCUCCAUGCUUGGUGAAGUGGGAUCUUCUAGGAAAACCCACUUCCUUCCUGUGUUGGAUGUUCUCAGUGUUCCUCAUCCUAUCAGUGGUCACUGCUGCUUGGAUGAUGUGAACUCUUAAGUUGGAAUGAAAGCUAUUAGUCAGUAUCUGGACCUGACAUGUGAUCGUUUUAGCGAUGAGCUAAUUGGUGUUGCAGAGUGAGCCAGGAUACAGGUUCCCAGUUCCCCAGCGUCUACCAGUUCCUUCCUCGUCACCUUGGUGAUGCUGCCUGGGAGAGAUGAAGACAUGUUUACAUAAAUUGCAGAAAAAGUUGGGUAUUCAUGAUGUCAGAUCUUUUUUGAUUCGUCAUGCAGGGCAACACAUUUCUGUUUCAUGAUUCAGCAACUAACAAAUCAUUACAAUUAGUGAGAUGUGUAGUAAAAACCCGGAGUAAAUUAAAUUGCCACUGUUGGAUUGGUUUGAACAGCUUCCACUCUUUCUGCUGCUCCAAAAGGGAGGAGGAUGAUUAGGGGCUGAUUGAUUAAUCAAUCACUUAAGCCUUUAACUGGCUUGCUAGUUAAAGUUUGUGGUGAGCCAGAAACUUUAACUAGACCCUUUCUGGAUGUUGUGAAGCAGAGUGGCCAAAGGCCUCCACAGCCUAGUUAGAGAUCAUCUCCGAGGUCUGUUAGUGAUUAAGAUGCUGUCUAUCGUUUCCUCUCUGUAUCGUGUUGUGGGAUGAUUUCUACUGUGAGAUGGCAAUAAAGACAUUUUAAACUCUACAUUAAAAAAAAAAGUGUUUCUCAGUUUUUACACACUACUUCUGUGUUUAAGUUCAGUUUUUGCUUACUAUAAUCAGAGAACUAUAUAUUUCCUUCUUUUUUGAUUUGGGGUAAUGUUAUGAAUUGUAAGAGGGUGCACUUUUUUUCACAGGUCUGUUUUAUUUUAUAGCGCAGGCUUUUUGUUUUUAGACAUCUUUACGAUUAGCGGGAAUUAAAGAUUUGUAGGCUGC